AUGUUGAAGAACGACCGUUUGGCCACGUUGCAGCCUACGUUGCACCCUACCUCCGAGGAGUUGGCUAUCGGUAACGUCAAGUUCACCACCUUCGACUUGGGUGGUCACCAACAGGCCCGUCGUUUGUGGAAGGAUUACUUCCCAGAGGUCAACGGUAUCGUUUUCCUUGUUGAUGCUGCCGACCCUGAGCGUUUUGCCGAGUCCAAGGCCGAGUUGGCUGCCUUGUUUCAAAUCGAGGAGUUGUCCAAGGUUCCAUUCUUGGUGUUGGGUAACAAGAUCGAUGCUGAGGGUGCUGUUGGCGAGCAAGAAUUGAGAGACUCUUUGGGCUUGUUUGCUUGCACCGGUAAGAACCCCAGUGACAAGCCUGCUGAGGGACAGAGACCAAUGGAGUUGUUCAUGGUCUCUGUGGUUUUGAGAAACGGCUACAAGGACGGUUUCAGAUGGUUGUCCAACUUCAUUUAA